AGCAGCAAAACUGAUGAAUGUUCUGACGUAUCACAUCCCCAAACCGCAGCCUUAAGUGCCAAGCCAGACCUGCCCUGGCAGGGACCCAUUUGCUCCUGAGAGCUCAUGGCUGCCGAGUCACAGCCAGAGGUGCCCCUGGCGGUAAGGCUCCCAUCCACGGAGAAGCCCCUCACGGUCCUGCAUGUGAGCCUGUACCACCCCACGCAGGACCCAGACACCUUUGCCAACGUCCCACCGAAGCUGCAGCAUGACACCAACCCGCUGCUGGUGGGGCGGGGCCCGGAGGCCCACCUCCAGCUGCGGCUCCCGUGCCUCUCCCGCAGACACCUGUCGCUGGAGCCCUACCGGGAGAAGGGUGGCACUCCCCUGGCCUUCUGCCUGAAGGCCCUGAGCCGCAAAGGCUGUGUGUGGGUCAAUGGGCUGACUCUGAGGUUCCUGGAGCAGGUUCCACUGAGCGUGGUCAACAGGGUUGCCUUCUCCGGCAUCCAGAUGGUGGUCCGCAUAGAGCGAGGCACCUCCCUGGAGGCCUUUGUCUGCUGCUUCCAUCUCAGCUCCUCGCCCCUGAUUCACAGGCCCCAGGCUGAGGAGACUGAUGAAUGGGAAAGCAAACCCCAGGAGCAGCCGCCCCCAAGUUCGGGGCAGCGAGCUCCAGAUCACCCAGGGCUUCACCACGGCCCUUCCCAUCCAAGCCCUGGAGGAGGAACAGAAACACAGCUCCAGGAGCCCCCAGAAAGUAUGCUCUGCUAGCCCCGCCAGCGGCCCAGAGCAAGGCUUACCUGAAAUAGAACUUGAACUCUUGUAGCUACAUCAUGUGAGGCUGACAAGCAAGACGGGCCUGGUAAUAAUGAACAGAUUCUGCAAACACGAACAGCCUGGGCUGGGGGAUCACCCUCCAUGGUUACAGCUACGUAAAGGAACGGGAACUUUGUAUACGUUAGAGGCCCUGAGGGCUUCUGAGAGCCUUUCUCAGCCUUUCCCCACAUUUCCCCCGGCCUGUCUGCCUAGGAGUUACUUUAUGUGGCUAAUUUCGUGAGCCGCUUAAGAGCUGGAGUCUGAGGUUGCACGAGGAAUGCAUGGACACAUGUACCAAUUACGUUCGUGGUAGCUCGGGGUUACCUUGGGCUUUCUAAUACCCACAGGCACUCAGGGCUUAGGGAAGCCUGUGUUUAAUAAACUGUAAGUAUUUCAUUAAGCUGGCAUGCCCAGUAGGAUUCCCUGAUCGCCAGACGGGGUGCGUGCACGCCACGUUGUCACGCAGAGGCAGGGGCGGGAAAUACAGAAGAGGUGUAAGAGGAAAUUGGAAAGGUGGGGGCUCACAUUUCUGGAAAGGAUGUGGGCAGAGCUCAGGGUUUCCUGGGGGCGGGGAGCUGGGGGCUGGGCCUGCCGGGAAACUCACUGUCACACGGUCAUCCUCACACUCCCUCCCUCUGUUAUUUCUGGAUCAAAGCCUUGGCUGAUGGGAGGGCAAGACCUCCAGGGAAAGGUGGCUUCCCAGAGCAGAGAAAUCUUUCAAGACUAAGUCCGUGAGGGUGGGGGGAAGAGGUUGUGGUAAAAUUCAGCUCAACGGUAAUUUUACUCAAAGUGGGUCAUAUACCAACGGGGGUGGGGUGGUCUUUCCAAUAUAAGGGACUAGUUAGUAAGCCAUGCAGGUUAAGGGUGGGACAACUUCUCAGUGAACAGAAGGGCUGAGCACAAGUACCUACUCUCCACAUCAUCUCCAUUCCAACUCCCCAGUGGGGGAUGGCAAGCAUCAUUGAGAAACAAUGUUCACCCGUGCUGUGAAGGGAGGGACCUACAAACUCAGAUGGCCAUCAUCAUCUUAGACCAUGCUCUAGGAUAUUGGAGACACUGAGCCUGGCAAGAAGAUUCAGUUGGUCUGCCAGGCACUCCCUGAGCGUCCUCUCCAUGGGGAAGACAGCAGUGGGCAGGAACCAGGCCUGUCCUGGCUUGGGAAGCUUCCCUUCUAAUGGGGAAUAGGACAAGUACACUCAGAUUACAGCAAAAGGCA